AUGUCGCUCGGUCACCACCACACCUGGCAGCCACCAGGGCAUCUUCGGCACCCCGACGAUCACAAUGACUUGCGGUCUGUCAAUGGCUACUCUAAAUCUUUUUCCGGGCUCAAGACGCCGCAGAUGCGCGCCUCUGCCGGGGCCGAUGGUGCUCACGCGGGUACUUUGAUAUCGGAGUCUGAUACUGCGGCCGACGAAGAUCCACGCAUUGCCACCUUUCGGGAUUUGUACAAGUGCAGCGAGGCGAAAAUAAACGCCUUGUUUGCGAAAAAACAUAUCGCAGAAGACCUCGGCGCUGCUGACGCCGAGACGGAGGAACCCGAGUCCCAAACCAACCGCGCCGACGAACCGGUGUCGCUCCCCGUCGCCCCUAAGAAACCGGCGAGAAAAUUAGACGACGAUGACUACGACGAAUACGAUGACGAUGAUGAGGAGGAGGCUGAGGCUCCCACCCCGCCCAAAUCCAAGUCAUCGGUUCCGUCCCAUGACCCUAGUGGCGUCCCGUCUCCGAAGCAUCGUCCAAGUACCGCUGCUUCGGUUCCGGCCGAUAGCCUGAAAGAAGUGAAGAAGGAGACGCUUGAAGACAUCCGAAAAAAGCUGGAGGAGGACAAGAAAGCCACCGAGGAAGCUGCGCGGAGAAGUUUCCACACCAUGUUUCACACGUUAGAGAACGACAGGGACGCUAUGCUGGACCAACAACGUCUAGAAGAGUCCGAGAGGCAAGUAGAAGCUGAAAUGUCUAGUCAAGCCAAUGCCGGCAGCACCAAUGCGAACGCGAGCACGGACGGUUACGGCUCCCUGAGUAAUGCCAACUUGGGCGCUUCGAGUCUGACCCUGAAGAACCUCAUUGCGAGGAUCGACAUGAAGCGCAACAUGGUCCAAGCCUCGGACGCCGAACUUCGAAGCUUGAUGAGCGAAGUCCGCAAGAAUCGAAGCAAAUGGGCCAGCGAAGACAAGAUUGGUCAGGAGGAGCUCUACGAAGCUGCCGAGAAGGUGUUGAGCGAGCUCAAGGCUAUGACAGAGCAUUCAUCAGCUUUCUUGACUCGUGUCAACAAGCGAGAUGCUCCGGAUUAUUAUUCCAUCAUCAAACACCCGAUGGAUCUGGGGACAAUGACAAAGAAACUCAAGGCGCUUCAGUACAAAUCGAAACAGGAGUUUGUCGAUGACCUCAACCUUAUCUGGUCCAACUGUUUCAAGUACAACACGAAUCCCGAGCAUUUCCUGCGCAAGCACGCCAUGUACAUGAAGAAGGAGACCGAAAAGCUGGUGCCCCUGAUACCGGAUAUCGUCAUCAGAGAUCGCGCUGAAGUCGAGGCGGAGGAACGCAGGAUGCAGCUCGCAGAGCUUGACGGUGCCGAGGAAAGUGACGACGAGCCUAUAAUGUCGUCAAGAGGCAGGAAAGCCCCUGGCAAGUCGGCCGCCAAGAAGGGCGCCGCUCCGGCUCGGGAUACUCCAAGCGCGUCGGAACCUCCAGCUUCUCAGCCGCCCGCGCCUGUACGUUCKGACUCUGACGUUGCCAUGGAGGGAGCUCCGAAUGGAUUCGCGACGCCGCCUCCGAGAACCCAAACACCGUCUGACCCUACCGGCGCCGGAACGGGACUACCGGGCGACUCGAUGGAGAUUGACGGUUUGCCAACUCCGAACAAUGCACUGAGCGCUCUAAACACACCGGGUAUAGAGAUUGAGGAUCCUGAAUACAAGGUCUGGAAGCAGGUCACGAAGAAGGACCGAGCAGUCAUUGCUGCAGAGCGCCAUCGCCUCUUCAAAGGUGACAAGCUCAACUCGGACGAACCGGCCUUGCUUAGGACAAAGCAUGGAAUGAGAAGAUGGUUGAGAAACCAGAAACAGAGCAUUGCAGAAGGCGAUCACGCCCGCGAUGCAAAUUCGCAGGCCAUGGAGGCCGAUGCUGCUGGUGAGACCCUGGCCGAGGGCAUUGAAGGUGACGAGGAGAAAGUCAUUCCCGAUUACUACGACGUUAUGUCUGGUGUUCCUGAUCUCCCGGAGCAGUUGCUGUGGAGGGAAGAUGCCGAUGGCAAUGUCAUCGAUGCAUCAGAGGAGUUUCUGAGGAUUCUCCCAAAGGGACUAUUUGUUCAGCCGGAUAGUAAGCUUUCUCGGAAAAUGGAUGCAAAUAUGCGGCAAAUGCAAGAAACAAGAAAGAUCUGCUCAAAAAUUGGGAUUGUUAAGCAAAUGCAACUGCAAUCUCAGAUGUAUCAAAAUCAAUUCCAGAAGUACAAUCCGGAGCCCUUUGUCGAGGCAGAUGUCCCUCCUCAUGUCAUGAAUGACGAGGGGCCAGUGGUGGCUCCAUGGGUCUGCAAAGCCGCUCUGCAGCGCUCAGUCGCCAAGAUCUUUUAUCAUACAGGGUUUGAGGAGUAUCAACCGUCAGCUCUGGAUGUAGUAACCGAUAUUGCUUCGGACUUCUUCUUGAAGAUAGGCGAGACCAUGAAGUCCUACUUGGAAGCUCCGAAAGUCCCUCCUACAGAAACCUCGUCUUCGACUUCACAGUGGAAGCGGGCCUAUACUGAACCCGAGAUUGUCUUACACACUCUCUCUUCGGUUGGAACGGACGUGGAAUCCCUCGAGUCCUACAUCAAGGACGAUGUCGAACGACUUGGAACGAAAUUGGCAACUGUGCAUGAGCGCAUGCGGUCCUUGCUUUCGGAACUCUUGCGUCCUGCCCUUGCGGACGGCGGUGAAGAUGGCUCGAAGGCAUUUGCAGAUGGAAGUGAGCAGUUCAUCGGUGGUGACUUCGCUGAGGACAUCGACGAAGACUUCUUCGGAUUUAAGGAGUUGGGGCUGGACAGAGAAUUUGGCCUUGCAACCCUCAGCGUUCCCCUUCAUCUUCUUCAAAACAGGAUGUAUAAUGCCGCUCAGGCCCAGAACCCAAGCGCUGCUCAAGCCGUCACGCUCUUUCCACCUCCACCUCCCUACCCACGUGUCACAUCAGAAACAGUGUCCAAGCAGAUCGGUCUGGUGCAGGAAUUCUUCCGUGCCAAGUUACAGACAAGCAACAACGAGCCCCUUGUCGAAGAUCUCGAGCUCCCGCCCAAGCAGAGACCAAUGGCUGCGCGACCUCGCCUUCCAGCAUCUGGCAAAAUCCCUCCCCCUUCUGGCCAACAGGGCCUUACCUCCAGUCCGCAGAAAAGGCCACUCCCGCCGUCUGCUCCCGGGCAGUCAGCUGUGCCCAGGCCCUCCUUCUCGGAGCCUAGCAAGAAAAAGGUCAAGAAGAACAGUGGGUCGGCAGGGAUCCCAGGAUCCACUGCCGAGGGCGAUGAAGCUGCAACGAGUAUGGACGGUGCGCUACCUGCCAAUCCGGCCUUGAAGAAUCUGAAGGCCGGUGAUGCAGCAGGAGAUCAGACCUCUGCGGUUUCGACAACCGAAGUUAGCAAUGCUAAGAAUGGGGUUGACGGCUCUGCUGUGUCCGAUGCCGUCGGUGGUGAAGGCAGUGCUUCCACCAACACUGCAAAUCUCGACCAGAGCAAAAAUAACGACAGUACUGUACCCUUGACCAAUGGGACUGCGGACGAUGCGUCAUGA